UGCAGUGAGGAUCAUGCAGCCUUAUUAUCUGGAUUUAUGCGAAGACGACACGAAGGCUCAACGAAACGGAGCAAUGGCGUUCAAGUACACUCGCAACCACGCAGAGAGCGAGAGCAAAUCCUCAACCGACGGGCGCAUAUGUCUGCAAUCCUGCUGUCACAGAACGACCGGUCCAGGCGUUGUGCUGCUCCUUUCAGACCCGGGCGAGUGGGAGAACGAAUUCUGCACGUUCCUCCUCCAGCAGAAACGUGAGAGGCGCACCACCGGCGACUCAAUCUCUAGAUAUACCUCAACUGAUGAAGAAGAGAACAUCGACUGCGUCUACUCAAGCAUCCACGAUGCUGCCAGCUGCAUUCCACGCUGGAACGUACACAGUAGGCAUGAACUGUUCGAGAACAAUCAACAAUUCUUGCGACACGAACCGAGUACAAGAAGAAACACGAGAGGCGGACGUCUCUGCGGUUUGCUUGGGCUUUCCAUGCGACCGCAUCUGCAUGCUCGUCAAGCCGUUCCCGACCCUGAUCGGAAGGUGGAACUGAUGCGACAGUUCUCGGUCGGAUGGAGCUAAGCAGGCGCCAUCUUGCGACGUGUUAACGUUUGAUCUGAAACACUCCGCAAUCGACUUACACAAAGACUGCAACUCUAGCUGUUACUACUUUUUCUAGGAUAGAAGAUACUUGUUGAGAAUAAGAUAUAGUAUUUAUUAUUCAAUGUUCCAUGGACCAUGGAUUGAAUUUUUAGCUAAAGUUGCUUGAGUAUCUGUCAGAAGUGUAUACGAUAGAACUGGAGAAGAUA